CGUCCCACAACUCGAUCCAAUUAAGAAAUGGCCGGCAAGAAGAAGGCCGAAACGAAGUCCAAGGACAAUAAGGACGCUGGGGGGAAAGGCGGGAAGGGCAAAAGCCAGGGGAUUUCCGAGCAGAAGAGUGCCAACCCCAAGGUGCGUGGUGCACAGUCCAUCGUAGUUCGACAUAUCUUGUGCGAGAAGCAUAGCAAAAAGGAAGAAGCGCUGGCUAAGCUGAGAGCCGGUGUCGAUUUCAAAACCGUUGUCGCCGAGUUCUCGACAGAGAAGAUAAGGACAGGCAAGACAAAGAUUGCUUUAUUAAUUGCAGGUGGCGCCUUGGGUUUGAAGAGCAAGGGAACGUUGGAACCCGAGUUUGAGAAGGUGGCAUUCGAACUGCCUGCGUUCAAUGGAUACACCACGGCAAAUUACCCAUAUGGUGAGGCCAAGACCCAGCAUGGAUAUCACAUCAUCGCGGUUGAUGCGAGAAAGUGA